AGAACACCUACUCGACAAACACUGGCAACAGUUGCUAUCACCGAAACAGUGGUCAAACACCGCCGAUGACGGCCUCAGCCAAGUGUGCGUCCAUGGGAUCAAGUGUCCAAUACAUCUAUGAGUUGCCCUACAAUUGUCGCAAACAGUUGUGCGACCUCUUGGACGCGGACCAGUCGUGGCGCCAAUUGGGCGGUCAGUACAUGAACCUCAACGACACCUCUUUGACACUGAUAUCGCACGCACUGAUCCGCAACUCUUCGCCCACCAACGAGUUGCUCACCAAAUGGGAGACCAGUGCCGCCAAAGUGAGCCAACUGUUCAUCAAUUUGGCGCAAAUGGGACACAAGAGAGCGAUGCUUAUACUGAAGCCUUAUGUGGAGCCACGGCUGAGACAGUUGUGUCCCGACGCCGAUGCCGACGAAGAUGACUACGAUUUGUCGGCCAUUCAAGCGGUGGCCGCCGCUAUGAAUCCGUCACUGAAUCCGUCACUGAAUCCGUCACUGAAUCCGUCGCUAAAUCAGAUGCAAAACAAUUUGUUUGUCGAAAAUAACGGCAAAACUUACGAACAAAACACUACUAAAUACAUUCAACACAAUUAAUGACUGAAAAGAAAAUACUGAACAAAAAUCUCAAUGAUUUGGACCCCAAUCUCAAUGAUAACCCCAAUAAUGAUAUG